CCGAAGAUGAAGACAGAAUCGCGUUCGAAAGAUGAAACGAAAACGUAUCAGGAAUGGUUCAACUUAGCGGAUUCAGAUGGAGAUGGCCGCAUCUCUGGAAACGACGCCACAAAGUUCUUUGCUCUCUCAAACUUGUCUCGCUCUCAACUCAAGCAGCUUUGGGCUCUCGCUGAUACCAAACGACAAGGUUUUUUGGGAUUCCCGGAGUUCGUUACUGCAAUGCAGCUGGUUUCUCUGGCACAAGCAGGAUGCGAACUUAACGCAGAUAUCCUCAAAACUCAAAUUGACAAGGAAAAUAUUAAACCUCCAUUGAUGGAAGGACUUGAUGCUUUAGUAGCAAAAACAAAGAGUAUGACAAUUGAUGCCCCACCUGAAGUAAAUGGGACUACUAAGCCUCAACCAUUUCCAACUAAUCCAUGGUUUGCUUCAAAAUCUUUAAAGAAAUUACCUCUCAAUGCAGUUACAUCAAUAGUUGAUGGCUUGAAGAGAUUGUAUAUUGAGAGGCUUAAACCCUUGGAAGUCACUUACCUAUAUAAUGAUUUUGUAUCUCCAUUGAUGACCAACAGUGAUUUUGAUGCUAAACCCAUGGUCAUGCUCCUUGGUCAAUACUCCACGGGAAAAACAACAUUUAUAAAACAUUUGUUAAGAUGUGAUUAUCCAGGAGCACACGUUGGACCAGAGCCUACAACUGAUAGAUUUGUUGUCGUCAUGUCUGGACCUGAUGAGAGGAGUAUUCCUGGAAAUACUAUAGCGGUUGAUGCUGACAUGCCUUUUAGUGGCCUGACGACAUUUGGAGGUUCAUUUUUGUCAAAGUUUCAGUGUUCUCAAAUGCCACAUCCACUGCUAGAUGAAGUAACAUUUGUGGACACUCCUGGUGUCCUAUCUGGAGAGAAACAAAGGACUCAACGUAGCUACGAUUUCACUGGUGUUGUAUCUUGGUUUGCUGCAAAAUGUGAUCUCAUUCUUCUCUUAUUUGAUCCCCAUAAACUUGACAUCAGUGAUGAGUUUAAACGUGUAAUAUCAUCUUUACGUGGUAAUGAUGACAAGAUACGAGUGGUUUUGAAUAAGGCGGACCAGGUUGAUACUCAACAACUUAUGAGAGUUUAUGGAGCGCUAAUGUGGUCAUUGGGUAAAGUUUUAAAUACUCCAGAAGUUUCACGUGUAUACAUUGGCUCAUUUAACGAUAAGCCUAUGGAUGAAGGCUUUGUUGGUCCAUUAGGACAAGAUCUCUUUGAGAAGGAACAGAAUGAUCUGCUAGCAGAUUUGAUAGAUAUUCCAAAGAAGGCUUGUGAUCGUCGGAUCAAUGAAUUUGUGAAGCGUGCUAGAUCUGCUAAAAUUCAUGCAUAUAUAAUUAGCCAUCUUAAGAAGGAGAUGCCUGCAAUAAUGGGUAAAGCCAAGGCUCAACAAAGGCUUAUUGAUAAUCUUGAUGAUGAAUUUGCAAAGGUUCAAAGGGAGUUUCAUCUACCUGCUGGUGAUUUUCCUAAUGUAGAGCACUUCAGAGAAGUUUUAAGUGGUUAUAGCAUCGACAAAUUUGAGAAACUAAAGCCUAAAAUGAUUCAAGCCAUAGAUCACAUGCUUGGAUACGAAAUACCAGAGCUUCUAAAGAAAUUCAGAAAUCCUUAUGAUUAA